GCGUCAAAAAGAGAGAACCUGACCGAGGACCAGAAGCGGGAGAACCAUAUCAACAGCGAAAAGAAGCGCCGCAAGGUCAUCUCUACCGGUUUUGAGAACCUCGGCCUCAUCGUUCCCCCUCCCAACACGGGUAUCACGAGCAAGAGCGCAGUGUUGGAGUCUACCGUCUUGUUCCUGCAGGAACUCAUG